AUGACUACCUUUUAUCUAGUUGUUGAACAAGUUGAGACCAUAACUGAAGAAAAUGUUCAUUUGAUAAAUAUUCAACUUUUUAGUUCUUAUGUUGAAGUUGAAAUGAAUAAAAAGCUUUUUAACAAUUAUUUAGAACUGAUUCAGAAACAGUUCUUAGAAUUUGUUGAAUCAAUUAAAAUAAAAUAG